AUGGUCAGCGACAACGGAGUUCAGUUCGUAGCUGAGGUGAUGCAACAGGCAUGUCACGUGAUGGGUAUCAAACAGUCUUUGACGCCGUUGUACCACCCGGAAAGCAACCCCGUUGAACGCAAGAACCGGGACCUCAAACCCCAGUUGGCAAUUCUGGUGGGGAAGGACCACGCCUCUUGGGAUCGCCAUCUCGCAGCUAUAAGGUUUGCGAUGAAUUCAGCCGUGACAGCGAGUACGGGGUUUUCACCGGCUUUUCUUACCUUCGGAAGGGAGCUGCGCGCACCGUCUGACGUCGUAGCUGACAUGAAAGCCAUCGUGGAUAAUGAUAAUUUUGUACCGAGUAUUACGCCUUACCUUCGUAGGUUGUCGACAGCGCUUCUAGAUGCCAGGGAUGUCCAUGAGCAGGCCCAGUCCAUCAGGAAGAAGUAUGCUGAUGAAGGUAGACGUAUGCCUCCGGAUUAUAAGGUAGGUGACCUUGUCCUCCUAAAGACGCAGAGUAUGAACGACGCAGGCCGUGGACAAACCGCGAAGUUCAUCCCUAGGAGAGACGGCCCGUAUCGUAUUCGGGAAGUGGUCAGAGUUGAAGCAGAAAUAUACCAAAGUAAGUGGGAAUCCAAUUAG